UUUGUCCCUGUCCUCCAGGAUAUUCCUUCCCACUCUGCAGCAGCAGCUGAGGACACACUGGUCUGCACAAGCCAUUCUGUGGGUGGCUGGUGAGGAGAGAGGAGCUGGCAGUGCCCUGGUGGUACAGGAUACACUUUCAUCACUCACAGCCUGGGUACCAGAGGGGGCACACUCUGAUUGGAGAGGCUUCACCACAUCAGUUUCUGGGAUCUAGGGCAGAGCUAGGGUUGGCAGAUAGAGAUGUUAAGCUGUGUCACUGUUGCAAUGCUGUGCCUGCUGUUUGGAUGUCUGAUGCUGACAGGUCACAGUUCCGGUUCCAAGUUAAAAGCACCUGUUCUAAAUAUAAAAGGGAAAGAGAUAGUUGUACAAGCAGGCCAGCCAAUUCAUCUUGCAUGCAAAGGAGACCUAAAACUUUCCUGGACACUCCCGGCCACCUCAGGGAACGACAGUACCAGGCUCCAGAUUACAGAGAACUCGUGUCAGGGAAGCCUCAAGUCCAUCUGCCAUAGAAAUUUAACGUUGCACAAAGCUCAGCUCACGGACACUGGAUCUUAUAGUUGCCAGUACGAAUACUUUACCUCAUCCAAGGAACUAACAAGGACUGUCUAUAUAUUUAUUACAGAGGAGAACAGUGCGUUUGUGGAAAUGCAUAACUUGGAACCCAAAAUGAUCCCAAUAACAGAGGGAGAUAAGCUGGUGAUCCCUUGUCGGGUCACAUCACCAAAUAUCACUGUCACUUUAAAAGAGACCAACAAUGUACUUUCCAAACCUGGUGACAAGAACAUUGUGUGGAAUAGUAAAAAAGGUUUCACCAUCCGAAAACCAACCUACAAGUUCUUUGGACUGUUAAGCUGCGAGGCUACGGUGAAUGGGGUUGUGCACUCUACAAAAUAUUUCACCAUCAGUCACUCCCCUACAAUCUACAGUGUGCAGCUUAAUGUUUCCCGUGCCAUCAGCCAGCUGCGUGGCAGUAUGCUGUCCAUUAAUUGCACUGUUACCACUGCCCUGAAUUCAAGAGCUGAGGUGCAAUGGACCUACCCUGGACUGAAAUUUGGCAAAAUUGCUUCCAUAAUGAAGAGAAUAUUUAUUUCCAACUCGAGGGCCGUGGUGCACAGCACGCUGGUGAUCCAAGAGCUACAGAAUAUCGACCAAGGGCUGUACACCUGCACGGCCAAGAAUGGCCCAUUAACCAAAACGAGAAAUACUACACUUCGCAUUCAUGCUGUUCCAUUCAUUAUUGUUAAACCUCGAAAGACGGGUGUAUUAGAAGCUGUAGUUGGCCAGAAGUCUUAUCGGAUUGCAGUAAAAGUGAGAGCGUUUCCUACCCCAGAAAUUACAUGGUGGAAGAAUAACUUAUUGGCAGCAGACAAAUGUGCACGGUACAUAAUACACAACAAUAUCCUAACUAUUAAGGAUGUUGCAGAAGAAGAUGCAGGAACAUACACAGUGGUUCUGCGACUAAAACAAUGGAAUGUUAAGGCAAAUCUGUCCAUGACUCUGAAAGUUAAUGUAAAACCCAAGAUUUAUGAGAAAUUUAUAUCUAUCCAAGAACCACAACCAUAUCCAGUGGGCAGCAGGCAAACUCUGACAUGUACAGUGUAUGGCGUUCCAUCACCUAGUAUAACCUGGAACUGGCAGCCAUGUUUGCACUCUAAAGCAAAGUGUGAUUUCCACCCAGCCCAUUCUUUUCCUGUAAUCGUGGGGAAAAACAGUAGCAGCCAUAGCAAUAAGAUUUACAGUAUCACAGAACGCACGCGUAUGAUCGAGGGAAGGAACAAGACUGUGGGGAUACUUGUUGUAGAUGAUUCCUCAACAUCCGGCAUUUAUACCUGUGUUGCCUCCAAUUCAAUAGGAAGCGAGAGAAGGGAAAUACGCUUCUAUGUAACUGAUGUACCAAAUGGAUUUCACAUAGACAUGGACAAGGUGCCGAAGGAAGGUGAAAACAUGACGUUAACUUGUUCCAUUAACAAAUUCCUUUACACAAACAUCAGCUGGAUUCUACGCAGGAGAGUCGGGAAUCGAACAGUUAACCACCGCAUCAGCAAACAGAGAAAUGCAAUCACGACGGAAUACUCCACCAUCCUGACAGCUGUUGUCCAGAAUGCCACACGGUCUGAUUCCGGGAUCUAUGAGUGUAGAGCGAUGAACACUUACACUGGAGACAUCAUUUCUAAAAGCAAAGAAAUUACUGUCAACGGCGAGCGAUGCAACACAAAAUCAGACCUUUCACGGACCUCUAAACAGAGAAGAAGAAAUUGUGCAACAGAAAGUAGUGUAACGCAAUAAAAUGACUCCAGCAUUCUAAAAGUUUGUAGUUAAAAAUCAAAGGUACUGCAUACGCUUCCUUGAAGGAUUGGAGGGUUGGCUGCGGAUGUAUGAAGUAGUGGCGAUCAGCCAGUGCAAGCUACAUUCUUACACUUCACUGCUCUUUUGGAAGCUGAUAAUCUUCCCGAGAUAAACCAGUCCAUAGAUGGAAGAUAAUGUUACAAAGAUUGAUCUAAACAUGUGCUCCAACAUUACACAUGUGCUCCAACAUUACACAUGUGCUCCAACAUUAAAAGUACACAAGCUUAUGAGUGAAUAUAGCACUGGGAAACGUAGCAUUUUAAUUAAUCUAGUUGUAUUUUUGCAUCUAGAUUAGAUCAGAUCAGACCUAUUGGACAUAUGUUUAAAGGGUAAAGUUAUUUUUUAUGAUACAGUACGUCUCAUGUCUGAACACAGGCAGAAUUUCUACAAGAUAAGACGAAAUCUAAAUCCCUAUUUGAACAACUUUUGGUCCACUGCUCAAGUUUGAAAUAACUAGGGGAAGCAAUAUUUGCUUUCAACUAUUUACUGAGAAUGAGCAAAGUUAUGUCGAAGUACAAAACUAGUGAAAGAAUGAACAUUGAUCUCAUCUGAAAUAUUACAUUUGAAAUGACAUAAACUUGGUUUCCACGUGAAUUAACAUAUAACAUUUAUUCUUUCCUUGGCAGCUAUAAUGCACCUUAUUAAUUGAGCUGCUAUAGUAAAGUGUCAGGGCAGAGAGGACCUGCCAGGAUUUGCACGGCAUGCAUCUAUUUCUAUACGGUAGAGGGGAGGGAAAGUGAAUGACUAGGAAACCAUUGCAGUAUUAUUGGACACUUGGAACCCUUUGUUCAGGUAAUGAUUGCAAAUACAGUUAGGAUGGUUUUUCCUCUAUAUGUAUUUUUCACGGGUGUUUUAGCGGGAUGCGGUCAAUAUGCCGGGUCAUACUGAACCCGUUUUAGCAUUUCUAUGCAGCUACAGCUGUACAGUGGAAGAAUAUCAAGCAGCUGAGAGGGGUCUGUAGUGAGAAGUCCAGGCUGCAUUCAUUCAUUUCAAAAAUAAAAAACAUUUUCUUGAUGCAAGUGUAUAUAUGAAUGAUCCCUUAUUAGUAGACAUAUUAGAGCUUACACAUUACAAUGGGGACAGAUGUAUUAAGCCUGUAGAAGUGAUAAAGUAGUGAUACAGUAAGUGCAAGGUGAUAACGCACCAGCCAAUCAGCUCCAAUAUGUAAAUUACCAGUUAGGAGCUUAUUGGGUGGUGCGUUAUCAUCUUCCAUUUAUCACUGCUUUAUCACUUCUCCGGGAUUAAUACAUCUGCCCCAAUGUCUCUCUCUAGGGCUCACAUAUCACAUACAAAUGUUUGUGGUAGCUUCUGUAGAGGAGAGGUGCUGAGCUAGGCUCACCCCCGUCAGGCAGUAUUACAUUGAUUGUGAACUUUAAAUGACUGUGGUGUAAUGAAGGUAUUUUUCAUAUUUCUUUGUAAAGCAAGUUCCUAUUAAAUUAAUUUUGUACAAAGAUAUUUAAGGCAACAUGUAGGAUUCUGAAAUCAGCCUUUUAACCCAUGUUUGCAUAAUGAAGCAUAUAAUACAAUGCACAUCUAUACUAAGUAGAGAUAUAAGAGUGGAUUCACUCUCAAAUCUAUUUAAAAUAUAAAUCUUUACAAUUUCUAAUAGGGUAUUGGGCAGUGCCAGACUAACAGCAAGGCAUUGGGGAGGUUGCAUAUCAUGUUGAAAAUUUUAUCGAUUGGGCACCAGGGCCUGUAUAUAACACUGACAAUUUUAUCAGGAUGUAGUUGGAAUCCUGGCGAUUGGAAUCCUGGCGGUCGGAAUCCUGACUGUCAAAAUACCGAUACCGGAAUCCCGACCGCCAGAAUGCCGGCAGCGCUGCCACAGCUAUUCCCACUCCUGGGUGUCCACGACACCCAUGGAGUGGUAAUAGAACCUGUGGCGAGCAAAGUGAGCCACGGAGCCCGCAGUGUGUCGAGCGUAGCGAGCCCGUAAGGGACAUCGUUCUGCUCGCCCCCCUGCCAGCAUUCUGACGGUUGGGAUUCCGGCGUCGGUAUCUUGACCGCCGGGAUUCCAACCGCCGGGAUCCCGUACCCAACCCAUUUUUAUCAGUAGGGCCCCCAAAACCUUAAUCCAAAUCUGAUAUUGGGAAGACGUGUAUUGAUAAUGAACUUUCAUUCAUCAAUAAAUACAGCGGGAUACAAAGCUUUUCUUUUGCAUUGCCCGGAGUGCUCCUACAAAAUGCAUUUUCCUGUUGAAAGUAUAAAAUGCCUGAAGUUAAAAGCAUAGGACGACACCCGAUCUUCCUGCUCUGAUCAGGCGCAAUAUUAAGUGGUUUUGUGGAGUUUUUCUACCACUUUCUCAUUUUGCAAAAUGCAAUCACAUUUUUGAACUGAUUCACAAAUCUGCCCCGCACAUGUAAGAAAUACCCUUGCUCCACCCAACUCUUCUCAUUGGCAAACUUCUGCCGCUCCUAGAAUGCUGCCAUCAUGCUCUGCAAAUCCAUGCAGUUUGGCAGAAAGCCGCACACAGAAAAGAAUUGAGGUGUGUGACAUCAGGGAAAUGUAUUUUAAACUGAGCCUUAGUUACUCUGUGUUGUAAAUGAAGACCAUACAUGGUGCAGUGCUUCUGGUUGUUUUGGAAUCUUUUGAGGUGCUCUAGAUUUUUUUGUGCGGCCUGGUUUGUUAAACUGAGCAUGACUCCUGUCUUGCUAAGCAGUGUUUCAAUACUGCAAGUAAUUAAUUCAAUACUGAAAACCUGUUCAUCAUAGCCAUUAUGUAGCGGACAAAAAUGUUAUAUAUUCAGUCUUAGAAUAUAAACUAUACAUCUUAAAUCUCAACCAUCCUCUGUAACAGGUAUACUGUAUAUUUAGUAGUCAAAGCUAUAUAUUUAUAUCACAUAUAAAAGCUAUAGUAUAAUUAUUUUCUAGAAAUAAUUUGCCACAGAGAUAGUCUGAAAAGUUUUAAAACUGAAGUUUAGAUGGACUUAGACUCUACAUGGAGAAGAGUCGUAAUGUGGGUGGAGGCAGUUAUUAUGUAGGCUGAACCAAUCAUCAGCCUAUAAAUUUAAUAGGUUACAAUCUAAUAAAUAUUGGUUUGGGGCACAAAAUUGUUGGCUCUUACUGGCUUAAAAGGCAGAAUGUGCAGGAGACACCCAUAUUUUAGGGAGCCCUUCUUGACUCUUGGGAAUGCAAGGGACUCUUCCAGAUCUUGCCCCCUUUCCAAGUGAAGUGGGCAUAGCCCGAUUAUGCAAAUUGUAUCACAACAUCCUCCCCACACUUGCCACUUGGCCUCCCCUCCGGUAUCUUCCAGGGGAGUUUGCCUCCUGUAUGUAUGUAGUUAUACUUUGGGGUUGAGGUAUCAAAGCAAAAUAGGGCAGGUAGAGAAGCUGCUGGUAGCAACCAGAUUCUAGCUAUGAUUUUAUAGAAUGUACUAGAUAAAAGCUAGCUAGAAUCUGAUUGGUGGCAAUGGGCAAAGUCUACAGUUGUCCUAUUUAGAAGGAUUGAUACAUCUCCCCAUUAAUCUGUAAAGCAAGAAACAGAUAAGCGGGUAUGAUAGUUUUUGAUUAUAUUAGCCUUCAUAAAAAAUUACCCUUAAGCAAUUUUCAUAAACAUGCCCAUGAAGCUUAUAGAUAAUUUUAGAUAGUUAAGUUUGUCUAUAUAUGUAAAUAAAACAUUUGUGUUUUUUUGUGUUUUAUUGCAGCAAUUACUGAAAGCUUGCAUUAUUAUUGUACUGUAAAAAGACAACAAAUAUUUAAAAAAAUUCUAUACUUUUGUAUGCGUUGAACAAUUGUACAUAAUUUGUCUUUUAAUAUGUUAAUAUAAAUUUGAGUGAAAAAUAAAUAAUUGGAAGGAUUGCACUGACAAACGUGCUGUAGACAAUGUGUGAAAUAUGCUGUUUAAUGUCAUAGGGCUGGGGUGGCCAAACGGGAUGUAGUUGGAAUCCUGGUGGUCGGAAUCCCGACAGUCAAAAUACCGACGCCGGAAUCCCGACCGCCAGAAUACCAGCAGUGCCGCCAUAGCUAUUGCCACUCCUGGGUGUCCACAGCGAGCACAGCGAUCCCACAAGGGGCUUCGUACCGCUCGCCCCCUGCCAGCAUUCUAACAGUCGGGAUUCCGGUGUCUGUAUUUUGACCAUUGAGAUUCCGACAGCCGGGAUUCCGUACCCAACCCGGCCAAACUGCUCCUUGAGAUCUAUCAACAGUCUAUAUUUUCCAGACCACUUGUGGAUCUGUAGAAUGUGUUGGUUAGGAACACUAUGGGGGGAAUUCAAAUUUUGAAAACUCAGUUGGGUGUCCUUUUUUUCCUGUCUAUUAGAUAGGAAAAAACAGACACCCAACUGACUUUUCAAACAAUUAUAUGUUUGAAAGUGUGACAGUUACUAAUGACUACACCUGUGCACCUGCUAGGUGGUCUGGAAAACGUAAACUGUUGGUAGAUCUUGAGGACCGGUUUGGCCAGCCCUGUAAUAGGGAGUGAGGCAAACUCAUAUGGCCCCAGUGAAGUUAUUAAGUCAGAUCCAGCAUCUCUAUUUCACCUUGGCUUGGAUACUGUAACGUUAGAUAUCAGCAACCUUAAUCUUUUCUUAUUGUAGACUAUGAUAGAUAGCCACUGCUGCUGCAUGGCCACUGGGAAUGUCAGUCACUGGUGCUGCUGUUUGCCCAGAAUUUAAUAUUGGGGAGUUUUACCUCUGAUGUUAAUAUUUAAUUCUGGUAUUCUAUAAGCUCUAUAGCUCCAGUGGUACCAUACAAGACCCAGUCACCUUUCAGCAUAUCUACUGAAUAUUUAAAUGGUCUUUACCACUUAAGAUAAUAAAUGAGACUUGUUUUACUUGGAUGCUUGCAAUGCUAGAACCAACAUGCAAUUGGAUGCCUCCUUUCCUAGAAAACAAACAAACAAAAAAUUCCAGCCCUUCUAUCACUAUUAAUAACAUUGGCACAAAUUCUCAGUUUAAGUGAUCAGGUGGCAAUCUAAACUAUAGUCAGACACCUCAAAAAAAUGUUUGCUUGUAGCAGUAGAACAUUUCCAUGGCCAAUCAGAAGAACAUUCACAUGGCUUAAAAGACCAUUACAGUCAAGCCAUUAGAACCUUCCUGCAGCCAAUCAAGCUCUUAAAAUGUUCAUACUACCAAUCAGACCAUGAGAACAUUCACAGAGACAAUCAGAGCAGGCCACCAUACAUCAGCAAUCACAAAAAAUAAAAAAACACAGAUUCUGUGCUUUUUCUCUAAUUUAAAGAUUCCCCAAUCCACCAAUCUGCACCCACACGUUAAACUGAGCAUACACUAUACAAUUACCUGACAGACCAAUAAUUGUAGCAUGUAUGUGGGAGACUGAUCCAAAAAUAUCGAUCAGUUGGGCAUCCCUACCGUAGCCAACCGAUAGACAUUUCCCCUGUUCCUUCACAUGAGAAGAAACAGGGAAAUGGCUCUCGCCUGAGAAAGCAGAGCACCGGUAUUGUGGCCAAUACACUGUGAGAGAUCUCACAGUAUAUGUCCAGAAUAUCUGCAGUGUCCAAGGCUGCCAGAUAAAAUGCCUGUCAGUCUGACAGGCCUUUUAUCUGUACGUGUAUGCCCAGCAUUAGAAUGAAAAUUUGGUAAUGUAUGGGAGCAAAUGACAACUGACCACUUGCUUCCAAACUCUGGAAAAUGGAUAAAUACUGUUGUUCAGACAAAUUAGUUAAAUUCGUGAUUUAACCACUGUGUCUGAAAGACCAUUUUUGGCUGUUUUCCAGCUGGAUACACACUAUAAUAUUAUCUGUCCAAUAUGUCUGGUUGGCAUCAAAAUCUGGUAAUAUAUGGGAGCAAAUGACAAUUGACCAUUUGCUCCCAAACACUGGAAAACAAACAAAAAUGGGCAUUUAGACAAAUUGAUUAAAUCCAUUUGAUUUAUCUAAGUUAUCCGAACAAUCUUUUUUGUCCAUUUUCCGGCUUUUGAGAGCAAAUGGUUGAUUGUUAUUUGCUCACAGGCAUUACCAGAUUUUCAUGCCAACCAGAUAGAUUGGACAGAUAAUCUUAAAGUGUGUAUCCAGUUUGGGAGCAUAUAUUUGAUUGUCAUAUGUUCCCAUACAUUACCAGAUUUUCAUUCCAACCAGCCCAAUUGGACAUAUGGUCUACCAGAUAAUUGUAUAGUGCAAGUCCAGCGUUACAGAUAUUUUUCAGUGAUUUACCGAUAAUUUUCAGCAAAUACAGAUCUGCCAAUCUUGAAAGGCUCAUCAUUUUACUAGCAAUGGUCUGCAAAUCUGUUAACUGUUACCAUACACUCACAAUCGACAUCCCCAAUUGAUCUGUGAAAUGAAACAUGUUGACACCUAAAUUACCAAUUUCAAUUGAUUUUUGGUCUGAAUCUGCAAUUUGUGAACCCCAUAUACAGUAUUGCAGAUUUGUUUUCACAAUCAUCUGCAAAACACCAAAUUGCCCUAAUUGAUUGCUGAUAUAUGGGGGUCAGAACCUUCAGACUAUCAAUCAGAUUACCAGAAUCUGUUCAUAACCAAUUAGACCAUAAUCAAACCCUUAGAUUCUUCACAUUGGCAAUCAGAAAUUAGCUAGCAAGAAGAGAAUCGGCAUCAAAAUGCACUGGGUGAGAUCACGAACAUGUGUGUAAAUAGUGUAGCCCAUUACCACUUAACCAUAUCAUAUUUUUUUUUUGCUACAGCAAUGAUUUAUAGUGGAUUGAGAGAGCAGAUGACAACAGUAUACUGAUAUCAAAGUGAUUUUCAAAGUGGCACAUCUCCUUCCAGUGUGCUAUGACUUUUAGACUGAGUGAACCACGGGUAAAUCUAUAAAUACUCCAUACGUAGCUUGUUUUCAGAUUGAUUUAGUUAAGGCAGUAAUCCAAAGUAAACAAGUCCUUAAAUAGAAUAUUUGUGGAAAGGGGACAGGAAGAAAGGGAUUGACAGAAAACAGAAACAGUGUAGACACACAAGAUGGAAUUCUUCAGAAAUCUGUAGACUUGGGAGGGGGUGACUUAAAGUUUUUACAAUUUAAUAAACUAAACUACUUAUCAUCAAGCUCUAAAAACGUGCAGAAAAAGCUGAAAUCAUGAAUAUGGUGCACGUACAUACUUAUUUUGUGUUGUAACAGAAAGACCCUGUUGUGUAGCCAAUCAGUUCACUGUUUUACAAAGCUUCUACCACUAACAUCAAAGGUUUUUUGUAUCAAAAAAGAAAGGCGACACCCAGAAUUUGUGUAAAAAAAAUUCUGGAAACCUGUUAUAUUUUAUUAAUUAUAGUAAAAUAUAUGGAUACCCCGUCAGGAGUAUGGAAUUACACAGUAUGUGAGAAAAUGUAGAAAGGUGUUGUGAAAUAAAUAAUUUAAGAGUGGAAGUGCCUUAUUAUUUACAUAUUGCUGAUAACAAUUUGUAAAAGCCAAAGAUUUCAGCACGAUGGCUUCCUGAGAUGGGUCCUAAAGAAUGUUAAAGAUUUAGACAAUGUCACAUUGCUUUUUGCAAUUGAGCUAUUGGUUUGAUACACAAAGUAAGGCCCUUAGUGGUUCAAGAUUUUUGUAUUUAAAUAAUGGAAUUCCUAAUGGCGUGAAAUAAAUCUGUGCAUGGGCCUAAUUAAAAAAAAUAAAAACAAUGAAAACUUUUUUUUUGGCCCAUAAAAAGCUAAUCAAAUUAAUAAAUCAGUUGAUUUCAGCUAUAUUUUUAUUGCCUAAUAUUGGCCCAGUGUGCUCUAAAUACUUGAAAUUAAGUAUAUUUUGCAGAAGUGGAUCAAAUUCACAGAAAAUACCAAAAAUAAUAAAAAAAAUCUAUUUUAAUUUGAAACGCAACACGAAUGACCCGUGAACCUUACACUGUGAACUGGAAGGAAACUUUCUAUUAAAUUAAUACAGUUGUUUAUAUUCAUUCCAUAUCAACUCAUAAAACAAUAUAUAACUUAUUUAAUGUCGGAUGUCUGAAAAUGCUUAUUUAUAGAGUGAUAACAGUGUAAAGAUAUAUACAUUAACAUUGUUAUUUGUCGAGUGUACUUAUUUCAGGGUCUUCUUAUUGCAAUACAACAUAUGUAACAAUUUUAUUGUUAUUCUGU